GGAAGAAGAGAAGACACAACACCGUUCGUUGAUUCUAGUCGUCGUCUUCGCACAACUAAACAAAAGGGUUUGUGUUGUUUCUGCUUCUCCCUUUUCUCAAGUUUGGAGCUUUGGCUUGUAGGGUUUGUUCGGUUCUCGUCCGAUUUUUUUUGCUAUUUUUGGAAACUCUUCCGUGGGUUUGAAGAAAGUGUAAAACGAUGGAGGAGAUCAAGGAGGAGAACGUGGUGAACGAGUUUAGGGUGAGAGGUGAGGGUCUUCGUAAGGCGUUGGACAAGGUUAACGCUCAUGUUUCCGACGUACUUGUCUUUAAUGUUCAGUGGAAAGACUUGAAUGAGUAUCUUGAAUCAGUCCAAGGGAACGUAAAGGAGAGGUUUAGGGAGUUAGAGUCCAAGGAGGUUGAGUUGAAAGGUCAAAGCUUUGCACUUGAAGAGAGGGCUAAAGUGGUUGAGGAAGCUGAAGCUAAGGUUGCUGAUUUGGAGAUGAAAUCUGAUGGGUUUCGGAUGGAUGUUGAAGCAACGAAGAAAGAGCUUAGCUUUCUUACGGAACAGGUGGAGAUUUCUCUAGGCAAGUCUAAUGCGGAGGAAGCGAGACUGUCUCGGCUUAGGACAUUGGUGGAAGAGUGUGAGGCAGAGAAGAUGGUAAAGGAAAGUCAGCUUAAUGAGAUGGUGGAAUCUUGGAGAAAGACUCAUGUUGAGCUUGGUUUGAAAGGUGAAGAGCUAGCAAAGUUGGAGACUGAUCUUGAGAGGUGUUGUGCUGAGGUCAGCGCAGAGAUGGAGAGUUUGCGUGGAGCUCAAACUCACAGGAGACAGUUGGAUGAUGAAGUUGAGAGGAAGACUAAAGAUCUCACAUUGGUUCAGAACAAGCUUGUGGAAUAUGAGAAGCUCAAGAACAGUUAA